UGCCCGGGAGCGCGCGCGGGGACGCGGCGAGUGCGGGGGAGGGGCGACGGGGCUGUGAGUGGACUCUGGGGUUGUGGAGACCCGGUACCCCGGACCGGGCCCUGCGUCCCUGAGCCUGUGGGCCCCUCCGGACUCUCCGGCCACGUCUCUGGGACCGAAAAGGGGCCCCUCCCUCCUGCCUUCCCCCAAAGGCUGGAAGUGAGCCUCGGGAAGAGGGAACCCGGAUGGGCUGAUGCCCGGAGUCUCUUUCCCGGCGCUGUCGGCGUCGUGGGCGGAGGGUGGAGAACGCAGUGGGCAGCACUGCCCAGCGCCUAGCAGGCCUGGAUCCCCCCUGGCCUCCGGGGCGCUAAAUGCCUGUAGCUUCUCCUCCCCUCCAGCCCUUUGUGACAGCUCCCAAAUCCGCCCCCCAAAUUCAAAGGUUUGCAGCUCUCCUCCCCAGAGCACAGGCUUAGAGCCUCCUGGGUUUGAAUUUGGCCGCCGCAGUGAGCCUCAGAGGUUGCUGAUCUGUACACUGUAAUACUCACCUUGCUGGGUAAUUGUGAGGAUUAGAAACGACUUGAACUGAGCCUAAUAAGGAGCUGAUGCAUAGUGUUAAAGAAAAGUUACUCAGAGACUCGUUAAAAACGGUAAGGCAGACUAUUCAGGGGGGCUACCGUGGGACUUUGUGGUAUUGGAGCGAGAGAUUGAAUACAACAAGGGCAACUGGAAAUUUAUAGCCAAGGGGUGGGGUGGGCUCAGUGGGUGGAAAAUUACUAAGAGGAAACAUCUGGGUUAAGGGGGGACUCUAGCUAAGCCAACUUGACCGGUUUUGUUGAAGGCAGGCCACGGCCAUAAGGAAUUUGAGCAGAUACCAAGGGAUGUUGAAUUUGAUCAAAUGUCAAGUCUUGCUGACUCCCUAAACUGGAGUCAGCAAGAUUCUUGCUAAACUGGACUGGAAGUGACAAGGACAGAGUCCAAGGGCCAGUCCUAGUCAAAGAGAUGACUCAGUCAACUUCAGCUUGACUGAAGUUUGAUUAAGGAGACAGUCUUUGUCAAUAGUAGGUGCUCUGCAAAGGGUUACUUGUAUAUGAAUGUAUAGUAAGUAUCCUUACCUAGAUGUUCAUUUAAAAAAUCAUUCUAAUUUGUUAUAGCUUUAAUAAGUAUAGCAACUAUACAUUUGGGAUAUCUUUAAAUUUUUUUCAUAACAGGAGCAGAUUCUCAUGAAGUCAUUGGGAUAUCAAUCUAUAAAGCAUCUAUCAAGUAAUUUAAUUAUAAGCAAGGCAUUACCCCUACCAUUAUGUGAGAGUAUAAUUGCUGAAAUUAGAUUUAAAUGUUUUAUAAUCUAUAGUUUUCCCUGAAAGUCAGUUUCCCUGUUAUCUAAACUGCUAUCUUAAUUCGGGAACUAAGUAAAUGUGAAUAAUUCUACUGAUAAGUCUCUUGCUAUCUGACAUCUUGCCACUUGUUAUUUGAAACUCAGGAUCCAAAUAGAUCUAGACAGUGAAGGAUGUGUGUAUAUUUAUUAAAAAUUUUAACAGUUAUUUAAAGCUUCUCAUUUCUCUCUAAGCAGUGCUUUAGCUGUUUCCUACAAAUUUUGAUAUGUUGUGUUUUCAUUGUCAUUCAAUAUGAAAAUAUAUUUUAAUUUCCUGUGUGGUUUGUUUUCUUUGGUCAUAGGUUAUUUACUAUUGUUAUUUAACAAUUUCCAUAUAUUGGGAUAGUCUAGGUAUCUUAUUGUUAUUGGUUUCUAGUUAUUGAUUUCUCUGUGGUCAGAGAAUCUAUACUUUAAGAUUCCAGUGUUUUGAAACUUAAUUAUACACAUGGUCUGUUUUGACGGAUGCUUCGUAUGCACUUGAAAUGAAUGUGUAUUCUGCAGUUGUUGGUUUAUAUAUAUAUUUAUAUAUAUAUAUAUAAUUAUUAUUUUUUUUUUUUGCUGUACGUGGUCACUGCUGUGGCCUCUCCCGUUGCAGAGCACAGGCUCGGGACACGCAGGCCCAGUGGCCACGGCCCACAGGCCCAGCCGCUCUGUGGCAUGUGGGAUCCUCCCAGACUGGGGCACGAACCCGUGUCCCCUGCAUCGGCAGGUGGACUCCCAACCACUGCGCCACCAGGGAAGCCCCUGCAGUCGUUGGUUUAAAUGUCAAUUACAUCAACUUGGGUGAUAGUGUUGUUCAGAUUUUCUAUAUCCUUACAGGUUUUUUUGGUCUAUUUUUUCUAUCAAUUACUGAGAGAACAGUGUUAAAAUCUCCAACUAUGAUUGAGGAUUUGUCCCUUUAGACCUGAUAUUAGGUGCAUACACAUUUAGGUUGCUUUGUGUUCUAGAUGAUUUGACCCAUUUAUCAUAAUGAAAUGUCCCUCUUUUUCUCUUUGUCAUGAAGUCUCUUGGUCACAUACUAAUAUAGCCAUACCAGCUUUCAUGUGCUUGCUGUUUGCAUGGAAUGUCUUUUUCCGACCAUUUUAUUUCCAAACUAUCUGUCUUUAUACAUAAAAUGUCUCUUGUAGACAGCAUACCGUUGGGUCUUGCUUUUUUAAAUUUGACAAUCUCAACCUUAUAAUUCAAGUGUUUAGUCCAUUUACAUUUAAUGUAUUUAUUGAUAUGGCUGGGUAUUAAUCUAUCAUAUUGUCUUUUUUCCAUUUGAUCUUUCUGAUUUUUAUUCUUGAUCCUUUCCUGUAUAUUAUUGACUGUUUUUUAGUGUUCGUCUAUUGGCUUUUAGCUAUACCUCUUUGUAUAAUAUUUUUACAGCUAACAGUAUGCAUCCUUAAAUUAUCAACAUUUAACUUAUUGGAAUAUACUUUAAUAUUGUACCACUUUAUAAUUCACAUUUCUUAUUUCCUGCCCCUCACUUAACACCUUUACAUUUCCCAUCUGUCACUUCACCUGACACUACUUCUUACUUCUAACUUUCUAUUUCUGAAUUAGCAGUUCAUAAAUGUAAAAACAACAGAUUAAUUCCAUUUACCCUCUCCUUUGUGCUAUUUUUAUAUCUUUUACUUCUAGUUGUCUUAUGUUCUACUUAUACUAUUGUCUUCUUUGCCUUAACAGUCAGUUGCCUUUUAAGGAAGUUAGGAGAAAUAAAAGCAUAGUAUCUUAAACUUAUUCACCAUGUAUUUACCAUUUCUGGAGAUCUUCAUUCCUUUCUGUAUAUAUGAGUUUCCCUUACACUGGAAGAAUGUCCUUUAGCAUUUCUUGUAGUACAAGUCAUUGGUGAAAAAUUCUCUUAGCUUAUUUAUCUGAAAAAUGUCUUUAAUUCUUUCUUUGAAAGGUGUUUUUGUUGGAUGUGGAAUUCUGGGUUGAUGGUUCAUUUUCUAGAAUUUGCAUUUGUUUCUUUUUAUAAUUUCUAUUUCUCUAUAGAAAGUCACUAUCUCUUCUGUCAUAAAGACUAUAUUGUUUUUAAGUCCUCAGGCCAUCUGAAGUUGGUUUCUCUUUACUGCUUUCCCUUGAUUUUGAGUCACAUUUUCCUGUUUCUUUACAUGUGUAGUAAUUUUGGAUUGCAUCCUGGAUAUUGUGGAUGGCACAUUGUAGACCCUAAGGAUUCUGUUACCUCCCUCUGAAGAGUGCUGAUUUUUAUUCUAGCAGGCAGUUCAAUUACUGACUGAUCAACUUGUGUUGGCUUGGUUUUAGGUUAGAUCUUUGGAAAGCCCAAGGUGUUUCCCAGAUUCCUUUUUUUUUGGCCAUGCUGUGUGGCUUGCGGGAUCUUAGCUCCCGGAUCAGGGGUUGAACCUGGGCCCUUGGCAGUGAAAGCAUGGAGUCCUAACCACUGGACUGCCAGGGAAUUCCCCAAAUUCUUCUAACUGGAUCAGAAUAGAGCAGUAGACUGGACCUCUUCUGUGGAUCUUGUUGAAGCUUGGCUUUAAGUUUUUUAGGGCAGGUUUAGAGUAGGUCUUUCUCUAGAGCAUGGUCCUUACUCCUAACAUGUGGCCUUUCUGGUAUCUCAGGAUGCCUUGAGUGUUAAUAAGGUCUCUCUCCUCUCAGGGUCAGAAACGCAAAUGUCUCUCAUCACUGACUGGCCUUUCGUAUCCCUCUUUUGCUCCUUUAACCUGGUAGCAACUGCUCUCUGUUGAACCUUGCAUAGUUUCACCCUACUGAGUGCAGCCCAGCCCUUGGCCAGAACUCACAGGGGGCCCCCCCGCACAGACUUCCGCCUCCACCCCAUAGCUCCCUCCUCCCUGCUGCCGUGUUCUUCCGAUCCCAGCCACUUCGGUAGCUCCAAAUGCUGAUCUCUGCCUCCUCAGUUUAGUGAGACCUCUGGUCUCUGCUUAAGCUCCAGCCUUCUGCACCGGGAUUAGGAAAUCCUCCCCUGGCAGACAGCUGGGAUGAUCGUGGCCCUCCUCACAAGCUUUUCUUCUCUCAGGGAUUCCAUUCUCGCCUUUCCGGUUGGCCAGUGCUUGAAAACAGUGGCCUCUUAGGUUUUCUCCAGUUUUGUCAUCGUUUACAGUAGGUGGGCUGCCAUGAGCGGAAAUAGAAUUCCUGAAUUAUUGAGAACAUAUGUUGCUGUAGCACUCUGGGUGCUGCGUGAAUAUAUGAAUGAAAUAUAUGGGUCUCUGCGUAAACAAAAAGUACAGUUAGUGAGGUCCACAUGAGAAACAUAAUAUUAGAUCGAUCCUUUUUACCUUACUCCUUCCUUUUUUGUACCCUUGAAAAAAAAUGCUUUCUUUUUUUGUUUGUUUUAUUUUUAAAUGAUGUUGUGAUAUAGGGUGGCUUGUUUGGGUGAAGUGGUGGGGGUGAAGACGUUGCUCUUACACCUCAAGGAAAAAGCAGCCAUCAAAAGCUACAGUGUUGUACUGAUCUCUGAUUACGCCAGACACCCAAGUGAUUGAUUGUUGUGGUUCAUUUUAUGGAGAAAUGAUGACCUCUAGCUCCUUCAUAAUAUUUAAAGAUAGACCCAAUAAUCUAAUAUUAGGAUUACAUGCAAGAAAGCUAGCUAGAAAUAGUGCAUGCUCGUUUAAAAAUAUCUUAAUAUUAACUUUGCCAUUUAAUAGUUCUCUUUUCACUGUCUUAGUUGCUGCCUUCUGAAUUUUGAUACCACUCGCCAUAAAAGAGUGAUUACUUGCUUCAAGUCUGUAGGAAUGUUGUUGAGGUAGUCAGUAUUUAUUCUAAACCUUCUUUCAGUCCAGUGUUGAAAAUUUCAGUGUGACAGGUUUUUCAUAAAUUCCCAGUUUUCAACAUGGCAUUCAAAAGAGGUCACUUAGAAAUUUCAUUGCACCUUUUGGGGAAGAGUUCUCUUCAACCUCAUAUUUAUUUUGGAAGCAUCUGAUCAUUUCAGCCUUAGCCUUCAUUCCUAGGGCUUCAAGGUCUUUGUUCAGCUUUAUUUUUUGGUCUGCAGACACAUGGAUGCAGACAUUGGAGUGUUUUGCAGAAGAGCUGUUUACUUGGAAACCCACAGUGAGAACGCUUAAUGCGGUGCGUUUCAUUUUUCUACUUGGUCUGGCCUUUUGAAGACCAAGAGAGAACGUUGUAAAAAUGGUCAGGGUGAUGAUGACAGUCUAGAUAUGGUAGUAAUGGUUUGCUCUGUGGCUUCAAGUUUACCAUCUUUCAAAAUAGAUUAGUGUGUCCAUUGAUUUCAGAAGAUGCACGGUUGCCUCCGAGGCUUCUCAGGCAGGGCGUGUGAAUUUGUCCUUUCUGAAAGUGCGUCCCUCUCAUCCGCAUAGCAUCACUGUCACUCCCCCUCCAGUGUCCCUGUGAGAGGCUCUGUGAAGACCUGGUUCUCCCAGGGACAACUCCAUCCCAGAAGCACAUCACCUAAAAGGACUUGCCAAGCCAGACGAUGCCCGUGGAGCUGGGGCAGGCUCCAGUCCUGCCGCCGCCACUGGCCAAGCCCAAGGAGUCCGCGUUCUCUGGACCAGAUGACACCCCUCGAGGGGAGCCCUCCAGCUCUGAGAUUGCACGCCAGCUUUUCAGGCAGUUUCCUUACCAGGUGAUGUCCGGGCCCCACGAAACCCUGAGACAACUUCGGAAGCUCUGUUCCCAGUGGCUGCAGCCAGAGGUUCACACCAAGGAGCAGAUCCUAGAGAUCCUGACGUUGGAGCAGUUCCUGACCAUCCUGCCCGGGGAGAUCCAGAUGUGGGUGCGGAAGCAGUGUCCAGGCAGCGGGGAGGAAGCAGUGACCCUUGUGGAGAGCUUGAGGGGGGACCCCCAGAAGCUGUGGCAGUGGAUCAGCAUCCAAGUUCUGGGACAGGAAGUCUUAUCACAGAAGGCGGAGCCUGAAAGCUGCCCACUGGGGGAAGCGGAGGCCCAUGUUGAAGUGCCUCAGGAGCUGGGGCUUCAGAACUCAGCCUGCCGGUCUGGGGAGCCACUGAGCCACAUCGUGAAAGAGGAGUCCGACUCGGAACAAGGACUAGCCCUGGCUGCCUCCCCACUUCCUGCCCGACCCGAGGAAAGGCUCAUCAGAGACCAAGACUUUGGAGCCUCCCUUCUCCACACAGCACCUCAGUGGAGGCACCUGGAUUCCACUCAGAAGGAGCAAUACUGGGAUCUCAUGCUGGAGACUUAUGGGAAGAUGGUCUCAGGAGGCACUUCCAAUCCCAAGCAUGGCCUGACUGAUCCAGCCGGGUGUGGCGCAGAGCUGACAGGACCACACCUACACAUCAGUGAGAAGAUCCCAAGGUCCACCUGCAUAGGGGACAGACAGGAGAAUGACAAAGAGAACUUAAACUUGGAGAACUACAGGGACCAGGACCCUCAAGCCUCAGGAGAGCCUCCUCAGACUUCCUUGAGUGGCCUCUUCAGCAAGGAUGAGCCGAGAUGCUUUGGAGAAGGAGAGAAUCUCCCCGAGGCCCAGGAGAACCUUCAUGGUGAGGGGACAGGGGCGCAGCUUUCUCCCCGAGAGAGGAAUUCCGGGACACAGCUGGGUCAGCAUCUGCCACCUCUUCCCGGAGAGCCGUCCAUGCCAUGGCUGGAGGGGAAGAGAGAGGCCUCCCCACGACGGCAGCCGAGAGCCCCCAUGGCCCAGAGACUCCCUACCUGCAGGGAGUGUGGGAAAGCCUUCUACCGGAAUUCCCAGCUGGAUUUUCACCAAAGAACUCACACUGGAGAGACGUACUUUCAGUGCCCCACCUGCAAAAAAGCCUUUCUGCGGAGUUCAAACUUCGUGAAGCAUCAGCGAAUCCACACAGGCGAGAAGCCCUGCAAGUGUGAUACGUGUGGGAAGGGCUUUAGCGACUUCUCGGGGCUGCGCCACCACGAGAAAAUCCACACGGGGGAGAAGCCCUAUAAGUGCCCCAUCUGUGAGAAGAGUUUUAUUCAGAGAUCCAACUUUAAUAGGCAUCAGAGGGUUCACACAGGAGAGAAACCGUAUAAGUGUUCCCGCUGUGGGAAAAGUUUCAGCUGGAGCUCAAGCCUUGCCAAACAUCAAAGAUCCCAUUUGGGAAAGAAGCCCUUUCAAUAGCCAAGCUCUGUGAGCCCAUGUCUGUCUCCUGGUCCAUUUAAAAAUACUUGGCGGGCUUCCCUGGUUGCGCAGUGGUUAACAAUCCGCCUGCCAAUGCAGAGGACAUGGGUUCAAGCCCUGGUCUGGGAAGAUUCCACAUGCCGCGGAGCAACUAAGCCCGUGCGCCACAACUACUAAGCCUGCAUUCUAGAGCCCGCGUGCCACAACUACUGAAGCCUGUGCACCUAGAGCCCGUGCUCCGCAACAAGAGAAGCCACCGCAAUGAGAAGCUCGUGCACCACAAUGCAGAGUAGCCCCCGCUCGCCACAACUAGAGAAAGCAUGCGUGCAGCAACAAAGACCCAACGUGGCCAAAAAUAAAUAAAUUUAUUUAAAAAAAUAAAAAACAAACUUGGCUCCAUCCGUAGAAAUUGCAUCUCUUAGAAAAUAUCCCUGUUGUCUCAUUUUUUCAUGGAUUGGAGAGGAGAGACUGGGACAUGGUUUUAGACGCGGAGGAUAUCUUGGCCUCGGGAUCGGAUUUCACGCAGGUUGACUUUCUUGCUUCUGCAUCAGGAGGAAGAAAAGUCUUCACCUUUCAGCUCAUCUCUUCUCUUGGACCCCUUGGGGAAAAUGUGUCACUUGGAGGUCCCAUUUUAGGAGUGGUCUCUGGGAAGGGUUUAACUGGAUUAGCCGCAGCUGCUGCUGGGAAGAACCUCACAUCCGCCCUUUAGAACUGUGGUCCUAGAGCAGGUCUUCUGUUCCAGAGGGGGGAGCGUAGAGGCCAGUUAGCUCAGUGUGGUCUUUGUCAUAAAGGUGCAAAGCUAACUCCAAGCUUCCCUUGUUUUCAAUAAACUUGGUGGUCACUCCCUGUCUUGUCUGUGUCUGCAGCGUCCACUGUGUGCUGACUGGAACUCACAGACCCUAAGUGGUGGUUGAGCUCCUAGAUCAGCUCGUACAAACCCACCAAGUUUACCAGCCAGCAGAACAGUGAUGGGAACUUGCUAGCCUGGUGCCCCGGUGAGAGCUUGGCCAGUGCAGGGCACUCUGGUGUCCUCUUUCCGUGCCCACCUCCCACUUGCUCUGGGGCCUCAAGUUGCCCCUCUUUCUCCUGGCGUCCCCCUUAGGCCAUCCAUCAUUUUUGCCAAAGUGUCCUGGCCUCUAAAAUAAUCUUCCUUCUCUCAUUUUGUCUGUACGUGUUAGGAAGAAAUCAAUAGUAUUGAUCCAAUUUAUAGUGUAUCUAGAGGUUUAUUAACACACAUAUCUAACCUGAUCACUUGUCUCCAAAACUGACGUGACCCAGAGUGUCCUGCUCUCGUACCGCGACACCACUUUCCUUCCAUCUUGGUCGUCCUCUGCCUGCUCUCACUGUACUGUUCCCAGUGAGGAUCAGGAAGCGUGAUGCUGAGGAGGAGGACAGAGCUAUCUCCAUGGGAACAGAUGAACUGUAGGCAAGAAACUGCAAGUUGUUGGCAAACAAUGGGAAGUACAUUGCUGGCUGAUGUGAGGAGAGACAGCACUUAGGUUGGAAUCCCUGGAUUCCAGAGGAAUUUGUUAACUCUUAUAGCAUGAAGAUGAGGAAUAAGGCCCUUCUUUGGGGGAUGUGGGCACCACAAGGCAGAAAGCAGGAAAAUCAUGUUGGAAUUGGCAUGAGACUCUGUGUUCUCAUAGCAGAUGUUUGUAGGAGGGUGGGUUUUUAUGUUUUGCAUCAGGAGUUCUCAAAGUGCAGUCCCCAGACUUGGAGCAUCGGCACUUUCCUAGACUUACUGAAUCAGACUCUGAAUGGUGGGGGCCAGCAAUCUUUGUUUUAACAAGUCCUCCAGGGGAUUCUGAUGCCUGCUCAAAAUGAAGAACCACUGUACUAAAUAGUAAUUAAUCCAAAAAUAAGUCUCUCCAAGGAUAUGUGGAAAUAAUGAUCCUAGAAGGAGUGGUGAAUCCCCACCCCCAGACGACUUAACCA